UCCUGCAGAGAGACGACCUGGAGCUCAGAGAAUGGAGACACUAGCUGUUCUGUGAUUGGCUGAUCUCUGAAGCCAGUAUAAAGAUGGCCCACCUCUUCCUCGCCAGUAAGAUCGCCAUGCCGGACGACGUCAACAGCAAAGGCAGCGCCAAGAUCCCCGGGAUCGCCGUGAGGUCGCCGGCUCCUCCAGAGAAGCUGAACCGGGACCAGUCCAGGGUCGUGCUGCUGACCCGCGUCCCGCACGUCAACGAGGUCCAGCUGACGGCGGCCACCGGCGGCGCCGAGAUGUCCUGCUACCGCUGCACCGUGCCCUUCGGUGUGGUCGUGCUGAUCGCCGGCAUCGUGGUCACAGCCGUGGCGUACACCUUCAACUCCCACGGGUCCAACAUCUCGGUGCUGGGUUUGGUGCUGCUGUCCACCGGGCUGUUCCUGCUCGGGUCCAGCGCCCUCUGCUGGAGGCUGAGAGGUGGGAAGAAGACGGAAAAGCGCCGGGAGAGCCAGACCGCCCUGAUGGCGAGUCAGGGGUACUGCGUGGCCUGAGCCGAGUCACGCUGAGGGUUCUGGAACGGGUCAACUUUGCAUUUCCUAAAGAGACGAUGAGACUGUGCUCGCUGCAGGCGGCGAAAACCCCACAGCGUGCAGGCGGAGGUCCUUUGUUCCCAUGGCCCAACAACCAGAUCAUAUUGACCGAAACAGAAGCACUUGUCUCCAAUUAUUCCGUCAGACAUUUGGAACAAGGUCUGUUUAUUUUUGGAUAAGUUGCUUUGACUUUUGGUCCAUUUUUUUCCUGAUGAAGACUUCAGACUUCAUGCUGGCUAAUGUUGUGAUGGCCAUCCGUUUGUCCAACAGUUAGUGAGCCUGAAUGCCAAAUACUGUACAGAAAAAACAUCAAACAGAGGCACCUUAAACUACACCAUCAAACCUUUGGAACAAUGUCUGUUUAUUUUUGGGAUAACGGGCUGUUGGAGAAUGCUGCCUUUGGUCCAGUGUUUUGCGUUUCACACAAAAAGCAAAGCACAAUAUUUUGCCACAGGAAUGAAUGUAGACUCUACACUUGUCCAACAGUUAGGUAACACACAUCGUCCAGAAAACACCGGAAGCAAACAGAAGCACAAAUGGUAAUUAUGAACGCUAAUGAUGUCACCGGACGUUUGGAACAAUGGAAAGAAAUAGCUUUUUAUAGAGGAAUGGAUUCAGGAGCAGAACAUAAAGACAUUUGUUGGCUUGGAAGAACUGGACGAUGGACAGGAGACGGAUUUCUUAAAGCCGAGACGAUGAAGUGAUAACAGAUUCUUCAGAUCUUUCAUUGAAUCGACGAACCUAUUCAUUAUUAUGGGAAAGAGACAUUCAUUGAGAGCAUCAGACUGCGCUCAAUGCUAUGCUGCUAGUCAGCGUUUAACACGGUACUCCAUUGGUUCUGUUUCUUCACGCUCCGGUGUAGAUAAGACGUUUAAAUAUCCUUCUCUGACUCUGCCAACAUGUUAUGGUUGUCAUGUGAUAUGCUUGUAUGUUUUAACUGAUGCACUAAGAUCCAAAGUGAUGAAGAAGGGUUUCAUCCUCCGAUUCUAUUCUAUCUAACAACCAAACGUUCUGUCCGUCUCUAAGAGCUCUCAUGAAGCCCUUUGUAUUUAUUCGUCGUAUUAAACUGAAUCUUUAAAAACCAACGAGGGUCUCUGAUUCUCCUCAGAGGGGUUUGUUCUCAGUCUGCAGUCAGUGUGUUUAUAUUUA